CAUCAUCAUCCUGCAUAAUAUCACAAUUUUUAUACUGGGGCAAAGUCAGUAAGUAAUAGCAGAGAAAUCUCCUAUAAUUAAUUCUGCUAUUCUGCUAUUAUUAACUCUGUGGUAAUAGUUUAUUGUGAUAAGACAAAAUUGGCUCACAUUUUAUGAGUAGAAGUACCUAGCUUGUCGUGUGCGUGAGGGGACAAAAGUGGUUCGAAAAAACGGCCUAUUUUGUCGUCGUACAACUCUGUCAUCGACGUAUUCAUAUUACUGGAAGAAUGGAGGGAAACCUGGUAAAGUUGACUUAUCAUUUUAUUAUAAAUAUGAUAAUAAAACGAUAAAUACUACUCAUAAACACUGAUUGAUUUUACGGCUUCUGAAAUUGUUAUAAGAUUAAAUAUGCAUUCAGAGUCUGACUAUGAUACAUCCUUUUUGGCUGACGAAGGGUGCAGCAGCCCUCCAGGUUUUGCAUCAAGUACAGAUGAUAUGAACACUGAUAAUAACGAUGAAAUACCAAAAAGACACUUCAAAAUGAUGCAUAACAUUACUGUGAACGAUGAACAGUCUAUAACAAAAGAUGACACUGAUCUAUCACAAGAUGUAUCUGCAUCGGGAAUAUCUGCCUACACAGAUGAUGAUGAAGACGAAGAUUAUGAUGAUUAUGACGACUAUGACGAUGAUGACGAUGAGUAUGAUGAUGAUGACGAUCAUGUGAAAGUGAAGCGGAGGAAGCGAGUCAACUUGUCGGCCGAAGAACUGAGGUUGUCGUGUGAGUGGAGCAAGUGUGGACACCCUGUGUACAGUGGCCAAGUGCUCACCCAGAAUAGCAAUCGUCAUCAGGCGCUUAUCGAUUUCAUCGACCAUGUUGAAGCGCAUGCCUUGGAGUUGUGCAGUGACCCAUGCCAAGAAAGUUACCAGUGUUCAUGGAAAGAUUGCGGAUUUGAGACCGCUGAUGAGAAUGAGGCCAAGGUGCAUGUCAACUUCCAUGCCUACCACACUAAACUCAAGUCAAUUGGCCGAAAUGUGAAGGAUCGCACGCAAAUGCCUGAAUGUACGUUUGGCAAAAACAAUAUGAAUGUGCUACCAGAGCCGCCUGAGACCUUGCAAUGUCUGUGGGAAAACUGCGCCUAUGUCAGCCACAAUAUGCUGACAUACUUGAAACAUGUUGACAUACAUGCUGACAAAAUAUGCUUUCGUUUGGGGCAUAGCAGAUGUCUCUGGAAAGACUGUGGCAUGAAUUUCGCGAACGAAAGCAAGCUGAAGGAGCAUUUGCGUGUGCAUACACAUGAGAAAGUGUGCGCAUGCCCAGACUGCGGAGCAAUGUUUGCCUCUAAUACAAAACUGCUCGACCACUGUACCAGGCAGCUGCCCUUGCAAUUGCAGGGCUAUCAGUGUUCGCACUGUCGACGUCACUACCCCAGCGAGCGCAUUCUACGCGAUCACAUGCGCUCACACAUCAAGCGCCACAAAUGCGCCUACUGCGACAUGACGUGUGCCACGCGCACCACACUAGUCACGCACAUACGUGUCGCACACAUUAGGCACAAGCCAUUCCGGUGUCGGCUCUGCCCGUUCAGAUGCGAAUCAAAACAGGACCUACUGAACCAUUGUCAAAUACAUGAGAUGCGUGGAAGAUACAUUUGUGAACAAGCUGACUGUGAUUUUACUUGUCGAUCAAACCAAACCCUGAAAAUCCAUUUUCUCAAGGAGCACGAAGGAAUUGCCUACCCGUACAAUAUUUACGAAUGCCAUGAGUGCGGCAAACAGUAUUCCAGGGGAGCCUAUCUCACCACUCAUCUCAAGAAACAGCAUGGACUGCAAUGGCCGUCAGGUCAUAAACGAUUCGCGUACCGUCCUGGUGAAGAUGGUAAAUACCGUUUGCAAAGAAUACGCUAUGAGAGUCUUGAAGUGAACGAAGAGAUAGUUAGGAAAAGUCGACCUCCUGAUAUGGACGAUUGUUCGAGAAAGAAAGAAUCGGAGAGCAAAGGUGUGAAAAUCCGACUGACCAUGAAUGGUGUGAGUAGAAGUGGGAAAUCGACUCAGAUCGAAUAUGAAAUGACCAUCGAUGAUGAUGCGGCCAGUGACGACUUACAAGUGGCUCAUCUAAACAGGCUCUCACAAGAAAUCAACAGCUGAUUUACGGUCAAAACAUAGAGGAGCUAAGAGUA